UGUAUAUUUUUUAAUUUUUAUGUUGAGCCAAUUUUGAGAAUUGCAUUUAUUUAAUAUAGUCACUAAUAUCAUUUUUUUUUAGAUUUCUAUAAUAUGAAUGAAUUCCAUUUUAAUACAAAUACAAAUUGUAAGUAUGAAAUACUUGCUGAAAUAUCAUUUCAUAGUAAGACUUCCAAAAAACAGACCAUCAAACUACUAUGUAGCCGUAUUUUAGCCCGGCAUCGUCCUAAGUAAUUUUAAAUAAUUAAUUUGAACAAAUUUUUCUUUUAUAAUGAUUAUUUUUUAAUUUUCAGAGAAAACGAAUACGAAUAUUUUGAUGACAAUGAUAUUACUCAAGAAAAUAGUAAUCUAAUAAAAGAGCACACAGAGGAUGAUUAUAAAGUUAAACCAAAAUUAAAUAAUGCACUAAAGUAAUAUAUCCACAAUAUAUUAAGUAAAUUUAAUUUUUAAAAAUCAAACAUUUGGAUAUAUAAUAUAAAUACACCUAAAUAAUAUAAUUCUAAUUUGCAUUUAAAAUAGAUACACAAUAAAUUAAUUUUUAAAUGUUAAAAUGUAUAUUAAUACAGUCCAUUCAGGAUGUUAUAAAUAAUUAUUGGAAUGAUUGCAUAUAAAUAACUUGUAUUCAUAGGCAGAACUAGGCAUUUUCAUUAUAUUGAGCCACUUUUCCUGGUCAAUUCAGAUAUGUACUUAAAUGAGUGGAGAGAGUGGAAAAUUCAUUGAUACCAUUUUUUUUUUUUUAAUUUGUACAAACUUGUAUAUUUUUAUUUUGUAUUUAAAAUUAAAGUUAUAAUAUAAAAUGUAUAAAUUUUGUACCUAAAUUUCAAUUAAAUUUCCCUAUUUAAAGUCGAUAGUUAAACUUCUUUGAUUCAACAUUAUCUCUUAUGCCUUGCUAUUUUAUUUGUAUACCAUUUUGUUAUAUCUUUAAUAAUGUUUAAUUAUCUUUAAUUUAUUACUAACAUUCAAAUAACAAAAUAUGUAUUAUAUGUGAUAUAAUUAAUAGAUAUUAAUAUUUUAUAAAUCAAAAAAAUAUAAAAUAUUUAUAAAACUAAAUGACUCCCAUAUGGAACAAAAUUAUUUUUUAAGUUCUUCAAUUACUUCAUUAAUAUUGAUAUUUUUUGUAAUGGUUUACUCAGUAUAUGGAAGCAUCAAAUUACCUGUGGUAUAAAAUUUAGUUUUGUAAUGUGUACCUGUAAGCUUUAAAAAUACCUACUCUUUCACAUAAAGCACUAUAGAAAAUUCUAUUUAUAUUUUCCUAUUAUGUGAAAAUUGUCUCAAUAUCACUUUGCCUUAACACCCUUAAACUACAACUAAAUGAACAAUAUUUGUAAGUAAAUUUGCCACCGGCAUUUUUGUUCCUACAAGCCUUAAAAAGUCUUAUUUCGUGUUCAAAUUUAUCUUUAGUAACAAAAAAAAAAUGUCCAUUUAUAUAUUAUUUAUACUUUAUACAUUUAUACGGUGCUUGAUAAGCCUGGGCCAGGGCCCAGUUAGCCCAGGCUAUAGUUCCGCCUAUGCUUAUAUUUAUGAUUUAAAUAUGUUGGCAUUUAGAAAUCGCUUAAAAGUAAUUGUGUUAGAACAUUUUUUUUGAAACUUAUUUACAUAUUAAACAAAAUAUGAAUUAUUCUCAACAAAUUAUUUUUAGUGAGGAAGAUGGUAGUUCUAGCAUCCAAGAGCAGUUUACAAAUAUAAGUAUCAAUGAAUCAGAACUACACACUAAAUGGUAUGCAUAUUGGGAAAAAAAUGGGGAAAACUUUGUAAAUGAAACUUGGUUAAAACAAUAUGGAAAUUGUACAAUGGAUGAUCAUCCAAUGAGUUUAGAAGAAUUGUAUGAAAAACAUCGUGAACAGCAAUAUCAUAUAUUGUACUGGAAAUUUGUAAAUGAGUUGGAUACUGUUACUAUAGAAACUGAAGAACAUACAUCUGAGAGUUGGUAAGUAUUUAAUAUUUAUAAAUUGUAUCAUGUGAUAUUAGGUGUAAGAGUCGAUGUUAUUACAAAACUAAAUUAAUUUUUUUAUAUUUUCAAUAUUAUAUUGUUUAUUUUUAUAUACAGCAUUGAUGUUCAGUGUGACUCAAGUUUUAGUGAAGAAUUUGAUAAUUUUGAUAAUGUUUCAAAUUUUGAUUUUCUUUACAAGUAUAGGUAAGGAAAUUUAUUGCAUUAAAUCAUUCAAAAUAAAUAUUGUUUUUAUGCAUAAUAUUGUUGUUUAAACAUAUAUUCCGAGUGAUCCAUUUGAGUGGGUACACAUCUCGGAAAGUAUUAACUAUUUUCGGAAUUAAUUUUCUAGAACAUUUAAGGAACAAGCAGCUCUAUAAUUUUAUAUUUAUGUUAUUUUUUUUCACCCUUAUUUUUGGGUGGUAAAACUGUUUUAUAAUUUUGAUUUUCUAAUGGUAACCUAUAUUAAAAAUUCCAUAAAUAGAUGGAAUAUUAGAUAAAAUAAAUUUGAGUGCUGAAAUUUUCGAUUUCUGUACAAACUGUAGACGAGAUAUUCCACUUUUAAGUUUGGGUUGGAGAAGAGUAGUGGUAUAUUAUUAACUCCCCCCCUCGCUGUACUGCCACACAAAUGAUAUUCCUGUUUUAUUGAACCUUGUAAUUUUAUGUCAACUAUAUUAUAUUAUAUAUUUUAAUAUGUUUUUCAGACUUUUUCAAGACAAAAACAUUUAUUUAACCAAAGCUUACUGGGCAUUAAGUAUAAUAGGUUAUAUUUAUAAUGAUCAAAAUGAGUUUAAGUCUGCUUAUGUUGAGUAUCUUAAAUCAAAUAUUAUAAAAUCUACUCGUCAUUUAAAUGUGUACAAAUAUCCAAAAGUAGUAAGUAUAUUUUUUAUGAUAUUUUUUUAAUUGUAUAUAUAUGUCAACUAAAUUAUUUGUUUCUAAGGUGGAAUCAAAAAAUGUUAACAGCGAGAUAAACACAAAAUCUUUAAAUACCAUUACAAAUUUAGAAAAACCAAAUAACUGUGAUGUCGAUGAACAGGUUUAAUAUAUUUUAAAUAUGCUUACUUUCUUUUAACAUGUCAUUUAAAAUGCAUUAAAUUGUUUAACUGCAUUUUAGUGCAAAUCAUCAGUUACUAAAAUGCCUUUAAAAAAAAAAAAAGUGCUAAAAAGUGAAAAAUGGAAACAAAGAAAAGAUGAACGUAUGAUCAAUGAAAUGGAAAAAUUUGGUUACACUUAUUUGAAAAAUAACCCAAAACUAUUAAAAUUUUGGAAGAAAAGACAUUUAUUAUUUUCUAAAUUUGAAGAAGGGAUAAAAUUAGAUGAAGGUAUUUUUUAUUAAAGUUGUGUGUGAGUUUAAAUUUAUAUAUGUGUGUAAUUAAUAACACUUAAAUGGUUUUAGAGAGUUGGUAUUCUGUCACUCCUGAAAUAAUUAGCAGUCAUAUAGCUGAACGUUGUAGUUGCUAUUUAAUUGUUGAUCCAUUUUGUGGAGCUGGAGGUAAUAUCAUUCAAUUUGCUAAAACGUGUGAGCUUGGUAUGUCUUAAAAUAACAGUGGUUAGUUAUUAAAUUUAUAUUUUAGUUUAUUUAAAUUAAUGUUUUGUUUUUAGUUAUAGCUAUUGAUAAUGAUCCAAAAAAAGUUGAAAUGGCCAGACAUAAUGCAGAAUUGUAUGGUGUUGCCGAUCGAAUUGAAUUCAUUAUUGGCGAUUACUUUGCUUUAGCACCAACUCUUAAAGCUGAUGUUGUAUUUUUGUCGCCACCAUGGGGUGGACUUGAUUUCAUGAACCUCGAAGAGUAUAAAUUUUCAGAUAUAAUGCCUAGUAAUGGUGGUGGAGAACAUAUGUUAUGUUUGGCUCGAAAAAUCACAUCAAAUAUUGCAAUACAUUUACCAAAAAAUACCAACAUUUUUGAUGUAUUAAACAUUUUUAUUACUAUACUUAUUUAUAACAUAAUAAUAUUAAUAGUGAUUUUUUUUUUUUUAUUAGUGUUUAAAAUUAGCUGAUGAUGGUUAUGUUGAAGUACAACAGAACAUGCUUAACUCAAGGUACAAUUCUUUAACAGUUUACUUUAGUGAACUCUAUGGAUUGUGUGAUGAAAACAUAUGAUAACUUUAUUGAGUAAUAAAUAAUAAUAUACUUAUACAUGAUUUACUAUGUAUAAUCAAUUUUUUUUUAUUAAUUAAAGUAUAUAAUUUAAUUUUAUGUUAUCUAGUAUGAGAAAUACUAAAUAUUAUAUAAUACAAAUUUAAAUUGCUAUAAUUUGGUCAAUUUUAGUGUUAUAAAAGUUUGAUUUAUUGUAUUAUUAAAAAUACAUAUAAAUAUUAUGGUAAACUGCUUUGAUGAUGAGUUCAUCGACACAUAAUUGUUCACAAUUAAUCUUAUAACAAAUUGCUCAGAUUCUAAUUUAUUUUUGUGCAUUUUAAAUACUACUGAUAUUCUAAAUAAGCUAGAUAUUAUGACUUUUAAAACUAGUCCAGGCACAGGCAUGAUUCCUAGUAUUGUUUUAAAUUAAAAAUAUGUUUUAACUGUUACUUCUUCCUUAAAUACUGAAAAAAGAUGCAAACCUGUGACAUAUUAAAGGUCUUGAAACCUGAUACACCACAAAUGUAAUAUUUACAAUCUUCCUCUUCAAUAUGUACAUGAUAAUUUUGAUCUAUUUGUAAUUUUUGAGUCUGAUCUACACUUGAUUUACACUUUUAUACAUAAUAGAUAAAUCAUUUUUAAUUUUAACAUUUAUUUCUGGAAAUUUUAAGAACUUAGCUAAUAAGAACGUUUUAGAACUAUAUUUAUUUCCUUAGUUAGAUUUAAAGUUAUUCAAUCUUGGAUACAAUAGAUACCUACAUUCUGUUGUUUUACUCUAUACUUAAACACAUUCAAUGUUUAAACUUUGGAGAAUGUUCGAAAUUGUUUUAUUUGUUUUAUGAUUUAAAUGUAAUAUUAUACAAGUAGAUACUUAAUUUUAUUACCAAAAAUUGUUUGGUACAUUAAAAAUUAUAAGUUUAUCAAAUUGAAUGCAAAUUAAUAACUUAAAAGUUUUGUUUGGAGGAAUAUUGUCUAUAGGAUAGGUGUAUAGAAUUUAUCAUAAAAUCAUUUUUCUGGAAUGAUUGAAAUACAUUUAACUUAUUUCACUUAUGUGCAAUAUAACACAUUAUGAUCAAGUUAACCAAUAUUAUAAACAUAAAUGUGAAAAAUUAAUUUUAAUUUAUCCUUUCACAGUCCAAUGAUUAUUUAAAAAUAACAAAUUAAUGGUUAACAUUUGUAAUAGUUUACAAUAAAAAUACAAAAACACCAACUUCCUAAAAACAUUAUAAGAUGAUAGCCACAGUAAUUUAACUAUAGUGUUUAAAUAAAGACACAGUGAAGAGAAUUAAUAUUAACAAGUGUAAUCUUCAAGAAAAUAAAUAAAAAAAACUAUUUGUUCUGUUUAUGGUUGCCUAGUGAAUUUAAAACUUUAGUAUAGAACAGUAAUUUUGGUUGAUAAUUUAUGUAGAUCUCGGAACUGCUAUAAUACAUACAUAUUGAGUUGGAUUCUAUACAUUUUACAAAAAUGGAUUAGCUAUAAAUCAUGGAUUUUAUAGUGCCUUGAAUGAUGAGUCUUUAUAUUCGUAAUUGGUUGUAUUAUAUUAUAAGGACUCUCAUAUAGGAAGUACUGCACAGGUACUGAAACUUCAUAAGUUCGUUUUGACAAAUGGUCUUCGACCAUAGAUAAUACAUAUUAAUUGAAUUAGGUAGGUAUAUUUUACAAAUAUAUAUUCAGUAUGCCCAGCAAAUUUGAUCAGUUUUCGUGGUUCAAUAAAUUUUAAAUACAACCCAAAUAUUGCUUUUUCUGACUAGAGUUGUUUCAUGCAACAUAUAGUUUUCACUUCGUCGUUUUGUUUUGCUUUCGAUUUUUGUCGGUCGUCGUUUUUUACAGACUCCUCCAAAAUAUCUUGAAUCUCCUGGAACGUUUUACCGGUUGUCUCAACUGCGUAACGAUAUGCGAAAUACGCGCAGAUAAAGUUAACAACCGUAAAACCCCAAAACAUUGUGUAAUACCCAUAAGUCCUGGAGAUGACCAAGAAUAUCUUGUUGGACACGAAUGAAGCCAAUGCCAUCGUAAUGGAAGCAAUUGCUGAACAAUGCGAACGAACGUUCACUGGAAACAUUUCUCCCAGAAACACAACCGGUAUGAAUCCGACGCCGAUAGCCAACGCUAUGGCGAAUGAAAAGUGACACAAGUACGGUAACCACGUGAACGAAGUGAGGCCCGCGUGGUCUUUCAGGAAAUAGUAGACUCCGAAGGUGAACGUUAUCAGUCCAGAGGACACCUCUGAAAAUAUCAACAGCGGCUUUCUGCCCACCUUGUCCACCAGGGCCAGCCCAAUGAAGUUGACUACGACUAACAUGGUGGCAAAAAUCAUGAUGUAUUCAAAUUUGCCAAUAAUUGGAGCCGGUUCGGGAAGAAACAACGGUGAAUAGGCCAGUAGACAGCUGAUUCCGCCCGCCCGCUGUGCUAUGCACGCCGUUACCACGACCAUGAGCGCUUUGAAAUUUUUUCGGUUGGUGAAGAGCUCGUAGAAUGUCGCUUGGUUUUCCAUUUCUUUCUGGACGUUGACAUCCAUUUGGUGUAGUUCGGAGGUGAUCUCUGAGUCGCACCUGUACCACUGCAGGCACUUUGCCGCUUUCGCCUCACGGCCCUUUUUCAACAGGUAAUACGGCGAUUCAGGCAUCCAGAGAAACAUGAGGAAGAACAGCACUGGCAUGACAGCUGACACCUUGUUCAACGUCCUGUACGUCAGAAAUGGUCCGACUAUCACUUCGAACAGGAAACCGCUGCUGAGCUGUAUGGUAAACACGCUGCCCAGCGCUCCGCGAAUUUUGACGCCCGCAAUUUCGCCCAGGAACACCGGCACCACCGUAUACGACAUGCCCUUGCCAAUACCCGCCAUUAAUCUGGCCCCGUAUAGAGCCCAAAUGGACGGUACGUACAGUGUCAACAACCAAGAAACGAUGAACAGAGGCCCGAGGACGACGAUGCUCAGUUUUCUACCCAGUGUGUCCAUCAUGUAUCCCGCGAACACUGGACUGAUAAAGUUUCCCAAGUCCAUCAAGCACACUAUCCACGACAACUCGUCAUAGGUCACUUCUACAUCGGUCUGGUGCUUUGCGAAUUUUUCGCCUACCGAGCUGGGCCAUCCUAACCACAUGCCACUGAUGAAUAUGGACAUGGAGGCUGUAACG